CAUCUUUCAAAUAUUAAUGCAGAAGGAAACAUCCCACCUUCUCUUGGAAACCUUUCACCUCUAAACUCGCUUUUCCUCCCUUAUAACUCUCUAACCGGGGAGAUACCCAAAGAGUUGAGCCAUCUGAAGAGACUUGAGAUUUUGCGUCUGAGAGUAAAUAAUUCAAGUGGUAGUAUCCACCCCUCAAUUUACAACAUGUCGUCAUUAAGUUAUUUGGAUGCAUCUCAUAAUAGUACCCCUCAAUUUACAACAUGUCGUCAUUAAGUUAUUUGGAUGCAUCUCAUAAUAGUGUGGUUGGAAGCAUUCCAAAGGAGAUUGGAAAGCUUGUGCAGUUGAGGUACUUACGAUUGGAUCACAACUUAAGUGGAACCAUUCCGCCAAAGAUUGGAAAGCUUGUGAACUUGACAUAAUUGUGUUUGGAUCACAACUACUUAAAUGGAAGCAUUCCCUCAACAAUAGGACGACUUCAUCUUUUGGAAUAUUUAGAUUUAUCAAGGAACAAAUUAUAUGGUGGAAUCCCAUCGAGUUUUGGAAAUUGUUCCUGUCUUUCUCACUUGGACCUCUCCCAAAACAAGAUUAAUAUAACCAUACCUGCUUCGCUGCUUGCCAUCCAACUUUCUAAAAUUGACAUAUCUGAGAACAAGCUUUCAGAAAUUAUUCCAGAUUCAUUUAACGAUUUAUACCUUCUUGAAAGCAUUCGCAUGGGCAGGAAUUCAUUGGAAGGUCCCAUUCCGAAGUCAAUAGGUAAUAUUGAAUCUCUAGAGGCUUUGGAUCUCUCUCAUAACAAUUUGCAAGGCCAAAUUCCAGAAUCAUUUAAUAACCUGAAAUCAAUCAAAAACCUUGACAUCUCUAGCAAUCACCUCUCCGGAAAUAUCUCAAAAUUUCUAUUGCGCUUUUGGAAUCUAGAAAGAUUAAAUCUAUCCUUCAAUGAAUUCGAAGGAGGGAUUCCAAAAGAAGGGAUACUCUUAAAUAGUAAUUCACUUGAUAUCCGAGGAAACAACAAGCUCUGUGGGGGUCCAAGGAUUAUGAACUUUUCCUGUUUGCCCCAUCUAAUCUUUCCAAAAGAUCCAGCACAGACAUAAAUCAUCAAGUGUAUUCUAGCCGUCAUCUUGCCUAUCUUAGCAAUUAUACUUGGGGCAACAAUCGUACUAAUUCGAAGAAAAAAACUGGGAAAUAAAAUGCCUUUCAAAAGGGAAUACAGAAAAGUCUCUUACCAAGAACUCUCUCUUGCCACCAACGGUUUUGAUUCUACAAAUUUGAUCGGUUUAAGCAGUUUUGGCUCUAUUUACAAGGGAACUCUUAAAGAUGGGAUGGUCGUAGCAAUAAAGGUUCUCCAUCUUAAACAUCACAGAGAUUUCAAGAGUUUCACAGCCGAAUGCAAAGCUCUUAGAGGAAUCCGACACCGGAACCUUGUCAAGCUAAUCACUUGUUGCAUUACCCGUGGUCUCCAAGGUAAUGACUGCAAAGCUCUAAUAUUAGAAUUUCUGUGCCAUGGAAGCUUGCACAAGUGGCUCCACCCACCAAGCCCUUCUCUUAUGGUUAGAGAGAACCAAAGUCGACAUUUGAAUUUGAAUCUCAUGCAGAGAUUAAGCAUAGCGAUAGAUGUAGCAUAUGCCAUGGAAUAUCUACAUCAUGAUUGUCCAUCACCAAUUGUGCAUUGUAAUCUAAAACCUAGUAACAAUCUUCUAGACGAAGAUAUAACUGCACAUGUUGGUGACUUUGGCUUGGCGAGAACUUUCUCCAGUUGCUCCAUCGGAACACCAGAUAGUACACUCGGACUCAAGGGAUCAAUCGGUUACAUCCCUCCAGGUAUCAACAACAUCGCUUUCAAUGGCACCCAAGCUAUGUUUUCUAUCUAACAUCACUUUGCCUCAAAUCAUUCUUGCAAGUUUUCAUGUUUCCAUAUUUUCUUUAUUUUAUUUAUUGUGGUUGU